AUGACUUCUCGGCAAAGCUCCUACAGCCCCUCAGAUUCUUUCGAAUACACAGCCUUACAAUUUGCUGUAAGAAGAAAUUCAAUUGAACAAGUUAGAUAUUUAAUUGAAAGUGGUAGCGAACUAGACACUGGUCCAGAUCCAGCUUUGCACCUGGCAUUGCGAAAAAGCAACACAAAAAUUGCUACAAUUCUUUUAGAAUCUGGUGCUAAUUUUGAACUCAAAGAUUCGAACGGAGAUCAACCGAUUCAUAUUGCCUGCAAUCUUGGCCUACUAGACAUAGUCAAAGUACUCUGUGCCUAUGGUUGUACCGUGGAAGUACCGACAGCUAAAGGCCUGUACCCGUUACAUUUGGCUGCUAAAAAUGGCCAUAUUUCAGUCGUAAGAUGUCUGUGUGCGGCAGGCUGUAAUAUAGAAGCACGAAAUACGGAUAACAUUAGAGCUGAUAUAACAGCUUUAAAGUAUGGUCAUAAUGAUAUAGCGGAUUUGUUGGAUCGCUUGAGGAGUUCAGGUCAACGAGAUCACUUUGCCAGGCAACUCGUACCCACAUCCAGGCCAGCUUUGAGGCUGAAUUUAAGGCUUUUAGGUCAUUGCGGGGUUGGAAAAACCUCGUUUGUUAAAAGUUUAGGGGCCGGUCUUUUUAGUUCGCUUUUUAGACGUUCUAGUUCCCUGCAAAGUAAUAAAUGUUAG